GCCAUUUUCGCGUACUGUGCAGUUAGUCAUUCAGCCAACUACAGGACUGAGGGGCUGUCAUCUUCAUGGGGGACUCAUGAACUUUUGAUUUCGCCCCAUGAAGCCCCUGUCAGGCUAGUUUGACGGAGCGGUUCCUGCUAUGGGAGCAGCGGGAAUACUAGCUUCCCUUGAAUGGCUGACUGGAAUCGGUGUUUUGACAGAUAGCUAGAUGGCUAGCUAUGGAGCUAGCUGGUGAACAUUAACAGAGGUUGAUGAAGUGAAGCCCGGCGUCAGUAGGCAAAACAUAGCACAGUAGACAUAGACAGUAACCAAAUUGUGUGUUUUUUUUUUUUUAACUCAGUAUAUAUUUUUUUACACUUAUUGGUAAAGUCUGUCGGUCAAAGGAACAAAAAUUAAUUUAAUAAAUACGUGAUUUAAAAGGGGAAGAGGAACAUUGAAGUCGAGCUACAUUGGCAACGGAUGUCCCAGAGAACGGAUGCGUGAGGACAUGUCCACCAUGGUGUGUGUGAAGGAGGAGGAGGAUUCUGGGGAGAAGCUGUCCCAGGAUGAGAUCAUUUCCCGGACCAAGCAGGUGAUCCAGGGGUUGGAGGCCCUGAAGCAAGAGCACCACUCCAUCCUGGAGGGCCUUCUGGGCACACUGCGCUGCCUGAAGCAGGAUGAGGAGGGCGUUCUUGUGGAGGAGAAAUCACACAUGAUCCGCAAGUCCCUGGAGAUGCUGGAACUUGGGCUCAGCGAGGCUCAAGUGAUGAUGGCCCUGUCAAACCACCUGAGCUCAGUGGAAUCUGAGAAGCAGAAGCUGAGGGCUCAGGUACGGCGACUCUGCCAGGAGAACCAGUGGCUGAGGGACGAGCUGGCCGGGACACAGCAGAAACUGCAGAAGAGCGAGCAGAGCGUGGCACAGCUGGAGGAGGAGAAGAAGCACUUGGAGUUCAUGAACCAGCUGAAGAAGUACGACGAGGACCUGUCCCCGUCUGAGGAGAAAGACUCAGACUCUAGUAAAGAGACUCUGGAUGAUCUCUUCCCAGAUGACCAGGAUGACCAAGCCCCAGGCAUCCAGCCAGCCCAUGGCAGUGCUGCAGCAGCUGCUGCUCAACAGGGAGGCUAUGAGAUUCCUGCUCGUCUGAGGACCCUCCACAACCUGGUGAUCCAGUAUGCCUCCCAGGGCAGGUAUGAGGUGGCUGUACCCCUCUGCAAACAGGCUCUGGAAGACCUGGAAAAGACCUCCGGACACGACCACCCAGAUGUGGCCACAAUGCUCAAUAUCUUAGCCCUUGUUUACAGGGAUCAGAACAAAUACAAGGAGGCUGCCAACCUGCUGAAUGAUGCUCUGGCCAUCAGGGAGAAGACACUUGGCAAGGACCAUCCAGCUGUUGCUGCAACUCUCAAUAACCUGGCUGUCCUGUAUGGGAAGAGAGGGAAGUACAAGGAAGCAGAGCCUCUGUGCAAGAGAGCGCUGGAGAUCAGAGAGAAGGUGUUGGGCAAGGACCACCCAGAUGUGGCCAAGCAGCUGAACAACCUGGCCCUGCUUUGUCAGAACCAGGGCAAGUAUGAGGAGGUGGAGUACUACUACAUGAGAGCGCUGGAGAUCUACCAGACCAAACUGGGCCCUGAUGACCCCAAUGUGGCCAAGACCAAGAACAACCUGGCGUCCUGUUACCUGAAGCAGGGAAAGUUCAAGCAGGCUGAGACACUGUAUAAAGAAAUCCUAACCCGCGCUCACGAGAGGGAGUUUGGCUCUGUUGAUGAUGAGAACAAACCAAUCUGGAUGCAUGCAGAGGAGCGAGAGGAGCGAAUCAAGGGGAAGGAGAAGGAUGGGUCACCGUUUGGAGAGUAUGGAGGCUGGUACAAAGCCUGUAAAGUCGACAGCCCCACGGUCACCACCACCCUGAAGAACCUGGGCGCCCUCUACAGGCGACAGGGCAAGUUCGAGGCAGCCGACACUCUGGAGGAAGCUGCGUUGCGGUCCAGAAAGCAGGGUCUGGACAAUGUGCACAAGCAGCGCGUGGCUGAGGUGCUGAGCGAGCCAGAGGCCCGUGAGAAGCAGCGAAGCCGCGAGAGUCUGAAUUCUGACACGGUGAAGUAUGAGAGCGGGCCAGACGGCGGCGAGGAAGUGAGUAUGAGCGUGGAAUGGAACGGGGAUGGCUCCGGCUCUCUGAAGAGGAGCGGUUCCUUCAGUAAACUACGAGCGUCAAUCCGUCGCAGUAGCGAGAAACUCGUUCGCAAGCUGAAAGGCGGCAGCUCAUCACGAGACAGCGAGCCCAAAAACCCCGGGAACGAAAUAAUCAUCUGAGAAAAAGUCGCGACCUGAGUGCCAGCCACACUGACCUGGCACGUUGAAGGUUGUUCACUCUGAGGAGGCGAAAGGUCACAGAGAACCCAACGGACCUCUGAACUCCUGAUCGUCCUCGCUGUAAAUAGCAGUUUGUGAAAGCUUCACGACCCCCACAUUAUACUUCAGCAUCAUACCAUAAAGUGCUAACUGUACAGGUUUCAGUCUUUCUUUGCACUUUCGAAGGUUUAUGCUCUCAGAUGACAAUUUGUGGUGUGUAAUUUUAUCAGCACAUAUCGAGGAGGGAUAUGAACGUAUGGUGGCCUGCUGUAUGUUUCUUUGUUUCUGUCUAAUUCUAUGUGCAUGUACUGUAUGUAGGUGUGUGCUCGUGUGAGUGAGUGCCCUCUCAGAUUAGAUUUUAAUGGUAUUUCCUACACUAGCUGUGGUAAAGGCAGGCAAAGAGUGGAGUUUUAGUUUUACAAAGAUUUCUGAUGUAGAGGCUAAAAACUGUUUUUCAGUGCAAGAAGCUUAGUUAUUAUUUUAUUAGCUAAAUUUGUUGCUGCAGCUGGUGCAUACAGCAACCUGUGGGCCUGAAAAAAGGUCAACGAGGGACCAAAAACCACAUUUCAUCAUCCAAAUCAAUUAAAUCGCAAUAAACAAGCAUUAAAAAAGCCUAACGUGCAGCUGAAACAAAUACUGAUACAGGUUUUGGUCUUUAUAGAUAAUUUCUACCUUCAUGCAACUUUACAGAUCGCAUGUUUUUAUAUAACUGAGCUCUAGCUUUAAAUGAUCCAGGUCUCCCCUCAAGUUCAAAUAUGUUUUGAUAAAAGAAAAUAGAAGAUUGUGAAAUUUAGAAGUUUGCUAAAGGCACACUUUUGUUUCUGGACGCUCCCUUAAUGAUUAGCUGCUUUGCUGAAACAUGACUAAUUGUUUUCAUGGGUACUGAUCAUUAACACACAAAGAAAUACUAAUUUAGGGCGUUUCAGUUCACACUCCUCGAUGUGGUAAAAUUGAUCCCAAUUUUGGCUCGUGUACAGAUUUUCUUGACGUUUGACGAAUUCAAACAGUUCUACAUCUUAGAAAAUGAUUUUAUUUAACCAAAAUUGCCAACUCUUCCCUCUUUGCUCUGCAGAUUUAUGAAUAGGGUUUUGAAUAGUGGAGAAAAUCCCCUGAUUCACAGAAACAUGGAAUCCUGUCAGGGAUCUAUGAGCUGCUUCUUCCUAAAAUGUUCCGUCCUGUGUUGAUUGAUUGAAUAUUUGGCUUUUGAUGUGUGAAGUUACAUGUUUACAUGAUUUGGGGUUCUGGAAAUGAUGUUUUUAUUUGUUUCUGUCUUCGCGCUGUUUCUUUUUAUAAAUUUCUUAAGCCUUGAGAGCAGGAUCAGUGAAUUGACUAGCACGCCGAGGCUGGCCGACACACUCUCAGGACUGAGGCUGCAGCUCCACACACUGACUACAAAGUUAAUGUCACUCCAGACUUUUUAAGCAAUGACAGGAGAAAUGUUUGCAGGACUUUCAGUGACAAGACAAAACUUUACCAUGUGAGUAAAGUUGAACCAAAAGAGCAAAUUGUUAUUUUUUUUGAUGAUGAGCACACAUGAGCUUUUCAUGAGGAUUUUCAUGCGCGAUUAAUUAUAGAGAUAUCUGCAGAUCUGUAUGCAUAUACAUAGAUAUGUUCACUAUUACCGAAACAUGAGGGAAUGUUCCUCCUAUGGUUAGUUUUAACUAGGUGGACGUGGCUUAACACAUUGGUAUGCAAGCCUUUCAUUUUCCGUAGGGUUUUAAAAUGUCAUUUUUUCCACUCUCAGUAGCUAGAAGUUAUACAAAACAUAAAUCAUAGAAAGAACAUAAACCUAAAGGACUUAUCAUUUUUAAAAAAAGCGUUGUCUGUGUUUAUAUGUACACACGGACUUGUGAUUGUUCUAAGAUUGAAUCUCCGGAUUAAACUCUGACUUUUCCCGCCCUUUUAAUAACCACAUGUUAAAUGAAGGUAACUACGCGUAAAUACUCGUUUCUUUGGGAGCUACAUAAUAUUUAGCAUAUUUGACACCUUAUACUGGUGGUAAACCUGAAUGAGGAUUAAGUAUGUUGUUAAAGAGCUCCCCUGAGGUGGAAUAUUAUGUGUUGAGUUUUCUUCUGUUUGAGACGGGCUGUGUUUUUUUUUUUAUUUAUUUUUUUUAUUUCUUUUCCUUUAAGACAGAAAACAAAAUGCACAUGAUGCCAUUUAUGGAGAAGUCCGCUGUUUCAGCGGGGGCAAUGGCUGCUACAAUAUACAACUCUUUAUAUACGCUGAAGUUGUGGAAUUCAGUAAAUGAAAGUCUAAUACACAUGCAAGGGUAGUUUGUGACUGCGUUUUACACUGCAUUACUCAUAUAUUAUAAAUGUGUGUUUAUUAAAACACAGCAGCCUGUUCUGAAAUGAAUCCCUAAACAUAACCAAGCAGCCUUAGCAACCACUGCAUGACGUUUGUGAGCGUGAUGAAGUUUUCAGUUUAGAUUUAAAAAUGCAAAUAAAUCAGGAGCUUAGAUUAUACAUUCAAUCAUUAAGGUCAGAAUUUUGAUGGGAAAUGCAGUGCCAGUUUAGUUUUCAACACAAUAUACUUUAAAUGGGGAAAAACUCAAUAAAACAAGACAUAACAGGCAUUACAGUGAAAUAUAUACAAAGACAUGCAUGCAAAGGAUUUAGAAAAAUAUAUAGAAUACAAUGGAGCCUCCAUAUUAGUGUCCCAAAGUUCAUGUAAUAAAAUGCACUAUUGUUAGAAAAGUCUUGAGUAUUCAGCCCUAAGCAGGUUUGACUGUCCAUCUGUACAUCUUCCAGGACCUUCAGCUUACCCAAAAACACCAUUGAAACCCGUCAACAACCCCAUCACAUUUAGUUGAACUUUAGUGUGAACUGUUGGAGAAGGAUUUGCACUGGAAACAUCAGACUGACCUAAAAUAAUAAUGAUGAUCUCCCAGCUUUACGCUGCAUUGAUUAUUGUAUUGAUUUGUGACUAUUGCAUUUGCUGCAUUGUACGUUGCAUCUGUUGCGUUUCCUGAAUCUUACUUUUUUUUGUUUGUUUGUUUUUUUGGCAGGGUUGUGCAAUAUGGUUCUUUUUUUUUCAUUUCUCUAAUUUGUUGGAAAAACUUGUUACAUCUCACAGAUCAGACUUUUAACUUCAAUAAAAAAUCAACACCUGAAGAAAGAGUUCAUAUGAAGGUGUCUCAAACCAUUAUAGUGUAUUUGCCUUUUCUUAAUUUUCUGCUGCAAUUUCCAAAAUAAUAAAAAUUGAAGAUGAAGUAUAAUUAUAAAAGCUGAAAAGGGGAAUUUUUGGAAAUGUUGGAUAAACUACAUUUAGAAUUACAUUUUUGUGGUUUUAGAGUUGUUUUUGUGUGUACGUUUCUUGUUGGCUGUUGAUCAGUCUUCAUAUCAUAGCAUAUGAUUUGUGCUUUUUUUUUUUUUUAAAAACGUCUUUAUUGUCUUAAUGUUUGAGGCUUUGCAAAGUAAAGAGGCACAUUUUUAAAUGUCUCCAAUGGACUGGGCAACACCGACAGAUAUAAACACAUGAAAAAAAAAAAAAGUCAAAUCUUUGAAGUUUUGAAUGGAGUGUAAACAGAAUAAAUGCAAAGAUGGUGAAAACGGAGGCAAAGAGUACUCUGAAUUACCUUCAAUAACUGUGACAAUUACAUACCGCUAAAGCAGGAUGUCAGCAUGUGAACUUAUUAGAUUUAUUCGACUCACCCUAAAAUUACAUUUUAAGUUUAGCAAUUUAAAAAUAACUGGAUUUUUAUUAAAUUUUACAGUUUCAGUUGAGUGCAGGCAACAGCCCAUUAACAAGUCACUUUCUUUAAAAGUGACUUCUUUGUGCUUUUAUUUUGAAAAUCAUUUUAAAAUCAAGCAACUCAUUUUUAUCAUACUUUGAGUACAAAUUCAUUUUUUUGAAGUUGCACAUCUUACAUCUUAAACAAAUUUCAAUUUUAGGUAUUUCGAUUUAGUAGUAAAAUUAACUUUUUUCAGUUAAGUUCAAAUAAAACUUGAACUGAUGUUCUCAGCAUGUCAGAGGCUGUGAUUGUGUGUAUUUACUGAAUUGUAUAUUGUCACACGAUGUUGCCCACAUGUAGGCCAAACUUACCCAGUCCGUUGCCCUGUUUAUCACUGCUCUUACUUUUUUUUUUAAAGAGAAAAAGUGCAGAGGUUACUUUAACAGGUGCCCGGCACAUCUCAUGACCUUUGGUCAGUUUUUAAAAUAAACAGAUUUCUGAGUGUGAUCUGUGUAAAUGUAUGAUGUGUAUUUAGUAUCUGGCAGUGAAGAAGCUGUAAUUUGUGUUUUAUCUCCUGCCUGCAUGCAGGCCCUGUUUUAUAUGUGGAGCAGAUUGUUGGAUAUGUAAAUUCUCAGGAUUUAUUUCCUUAGAUCAAUGAAACAAAUAAUAAUAUUCAUGUAAAAACUGCAUACAGUGGGAACUAAGUGGUAAGCUGAAUAUCCUACUGUAGCCCACAGGUGUGUAUUGUGAGUACCCAAGUAGCUAACAUACUGCAUAUCUCGGUUAUUUCAAAGAUUUGUAAGUAAUCGCCCUCAGAAUCAAAAUAUGUUAAUGCAUGGUUUAACAGUUUGUUCCAGCACAGCUUUUGUCCUGAAUAUUUUUUCUUCCUGUCUGCAGUAAAUGGUAACAAUAAGUUCCACCGCCCUCUGACAGUGUUCAGUGGACCUGCAGCAAGAUUGAAUAAAACAAAUUUUCAUCCUACACAAGCUGUCUAAUUAAAGCUGACCUACAGUAUAAUGCCUUUCCUUACUUUUGGUGAUAUAAUUUAAACAUCAAGCAAAAGGUUCAAGUAAAGGGGUCAUUUUUUCCCCCCCCUUCUCUUGGCUCUCUGUAUGUUAAUGAGAGUGAUGCCACGGAAGCCCCACCCACCUGCUGUUCAAACCUUCUGUUUGCAAGAGGCAGCCAGUCAGAAGAAAAACUAUAGUGGCUCAUUUCAGACACGUAAUUUUGCCCAGUGUGAGAUAAAUAAGGACUGUGAGUCAUGCAGAGUUACUCUAGUAGAUUCCAAGAAAAGGGGGUUUGGAAAGAAAGGUCAGUCGUGAUGAGAAAUAACAUAUUUUAAAGCUAAUAAACUAAGGAAGAAACUGUACAUCUCUUGCGCAUUGACACAGGAAUAUAUGAAAGUCAGCUGAGUAAUGUUGGUGAUACAAUGGAUGCAGCUCCCUCCUCAUGCACUAAUCCACAACACAGUGUAGCCCCUUUUCUAAAUCACAAGAUUUCUCAAACAGCUGUUUUUGAGUGGAACUGAGAUUUAAGAGCUCUGUCAAGUCUUCCCAGGUCAGUGUUUAAUGUGAAACACUACUGCGCUCUGUGUCCUGUAUACAGGAAGUAAAUGUUCCUGGUGUAGACUGGCAUUCAUGAUACUACUAGACCAUGUAAAUGUAAUUGUGUCUCACCCCCACUUGUAGUCUUCUGCUAAACUGGUAAUCUUAAUUAUGUUGUUAGACAGUAACAAGGUAUAAUGCAACAGAAACUGUGAUGAGAGAACAGGCACUAGGGUUCCCACAUAUCUCACCAGAUUAUGUACAAACUUGUUUUUUCUUUCUUUUUAUGUGGCCACAAAUGAUGCUUGUCUGCCAAAUAAUUGUACAGCUUAACUGUGUUUGAAUAAAAUG